AUGACAGAAGGGAGUGACUGGAUAUCUAAGAAAAUAGAUAAGUUCGUUGUCGUUAACAAAAAAUUAGGUAAAGGUGCUUUUGGUACAGUAUUUAGAGGCUUUUGCGAAGACGAUGAGAACAAGCUAGUAGCUGCUAAGCAAAUCCCAAUCAAAAAUAUUUCUAACUCUGAUAAAAUGAUCAAAUUAAUUAAAAGAGAAAUCAACAACUUAUAGAAACUUGAUAGUAAAUAUAUUGUCAAGCUAUAUGAUGUUUCUCGUACCCCUAACAAUCUUUACAUGUUUUUGGAGUAUUGCAUGGAUGGAGACUUAAAAGAAUACUUAAAAAAGAAGAAAGGUGGUAUGUUAAGUGAGCCAGAAGCGAUUAAAUUCUUCAAGCACAUUGUUGAAGGAUUUAAAGAACUUUAAAAGCAUUAGAUUAUUCAUAGAGAUAUAAAGCCUGCAAACAUUAUGCUAAGUGGUGGUCGUGCAAAGAUUUCUGAUUUCGGCUUUUCACGUUAACUUGAAGUCGAUAAUUAAGCUUACAUGACACUUUUAGGUUCUCCUCUCUAUAUGUCUCCACAAAUUUUAGAAGGAACAAAAUUUUCAUCUAAAUGUGAUGUUUGGAGUGUUGGUCUUGUCUUCUACGAAAUGCUUUAUGGAAAGACUCCUUGGAUGGGUACUUCUCAAAUAAACUUAUUCAAUAACAUAAAAGAAAAACCUUUAGUUUUCCCUUCUGAUCCUGUUAGAAGCGAUAAGGUAAAGAGUUUAAUCAAACGUAUGCUACAAUUCCGUGAAGAAGAUAGAAUUUCUUGGUAAGAAGUUUUCGAUGAUGAGUUAAUUACAGGAGAUCGUAAACUCCUCGAAGAGAGUGUUCGUUUAAUUGAAAUUAAUAAGGAUAAUUUAGAGAAAUCUAUGAUAGAAAACGGAGCUUAUAUUUAAACUAACUUAGUUGUUAAUUACUUGAAGAAUGUUGAGGAAGAUAAUGAAACAGAAAGUGAUGAAAAAAUAUCAAAUCAAGGUAAAGAUACAGAAUGCAAUAAUGAGUCAAAGUAGACUAUCACAGAAGACAAGUAUUAGUAUGAAGAAAAGGCAGAAUAGCUAGUAAAAUAGCAAAUAGACAAUGAAAAAAUGCGUAAAAACAUCAUGAAAGUUAACGAAUAUAUUCUUUAUGAGAGAAAUGUUAGUUUCUUCUAUAACUUUGUAAUUCAAAAAAUUAUCAAGUCAUUCAAUUCCAACAUACUUUCAAUUAGCGGUGAUCUCUACUUUCGUAUUAUCUUUGCAAUAUGUAAGUGUUAAAAUAUAAAUUUGGAGCGUGUCAAUCACAUGCUUAAAUCCUAAACAAGCGACUUUAAUCCUUAAUUGUGGAAAAAUUACCAAUAAUCUCGUGAAUUCAUUAAAACCUAAAAGACCAUAACCUAGGAUAUUUACCACUCUAAGAAGUUUUUCUAAGAAUUACUUAAAAAGACAUCUGAAGUAGUAGAAAAUUCCCUAAAAAAAGACCCUUCAAAAGAAAGUUUAAAGAAAUUUUAAGAAGUCAUGAAUGACAAGUUAACAUAAGAUUCUAAUUUCAAAUAGGUUUAUUAGCAAACACUAGCAGAAUUAUUGAAUAACUUGAAGUAAUUAGCUCCUUCAACUAAUAAAAAGGAUAUACUGAUCAUCAUUCGUUAUAUUAUGGUAUGUCAAAAUCCAUAUAGCGAAUUUAACAAUUCCGAUUUCGACUUCAAUAAAUUCUACGAAGAAAUCGAUAACUGCCAAUUAGACUCACUUCGUGAGGAGAUCAUUAAGAAGUUAAAUUCAAUUAGUUAGUGA